GGUUGAAGUGAAGGAUCUGUACUUCACCAAGUUUGCAGCAUCUCUAUACAUAUAUAUAUAGAUAUAAAAACUGCAAUGUUUCGGUAUGAAACACUUCAUGCUGGAUGUAACCGCAUUUCAGAAGCAGCUUCGUGGACGAAAAAAUUUGGGUUGGUUUAUGGUGCUGAAAAACUCAUAGCGAUUGCAGAUCCUUUUAAAGAAAUUCAAUAUCUAAUAGCUGGUCAUACGGACAGAAUAAAUUGUAUUGAAGAGUUUACUACUGAAAAAACGUUAAUUAUUUCAGGAUCAUCGGACAAGACAAUUCGUUUAUGGGAAAAGGAUGAAGAAAAUGAUUCCUUUAUUAUAAUCCAAACAAUAAAUUUGGAUGCUACCCCAGAAAGCCUCAAUAUUAAUGGUGAUCUGAUUAUUGCUGGGUGUUCUAACAGCGAAUGCGUCGUUUUCCAAUGGAAAGGAGCAAGUGAGAUGUUAAAAGAAAUAACACGAUUUCACACGGGAGAAUUGAUUCCAAUGAAUCUGGAAACGAUAAAGUUCAAGGACGGAAUUGUUUUAGUAGUCGGUGGCUCUAACAAACGAAUAAACGUUUAUGGCAGUGACAGUACAUCAAUUCACUUUGAAUUAAAGGCUGUUCUAACAGGUCAUCUUGAUUGGGUACGAUGUUUGGCUGUUCGACAAACUUCUGAAUCGAUGGCUACAAUGGUCUCCGGCAGUCAGGAUCGUUAUAUGCGACUUUGGAAAAUCUCCCUCUGGGAAGAAAAAGAUGAAGCCACUUCUGAUGAAUUUUCUGAAACACUGUUAUCCAAUAAGCCCAUCCGGUUUACUCUUAAUGGAGUGGAGUAUAAGAUCGUCUUUGAUGCUCUUUUAAUGGGCCAUGAAGAUUGGAUUAUGAACGUACAGUGGCAUCCUACCGAAGAAAUCAUCCUAUCUUCCUCUUCUGAUUCUUCGUUAAUGGUGUGGGAGCCCGAUGCAGCUACCGGUAUUUGGGUACCAAACGGACGCAUGGGUGAAAUCGCGUCUUCUCACGGUUCAACGACAGCAACUGGGAGUGCAGGUGGCUUCUGGGGAGGUUUUUGGAGCCCUGACGGUAAUGCGGUCGCCUGUUGGGGAAGAACAGGAGGUUGGAGAUUAUGGAAGAAGUCUGGAAGUGGUUGGGAGCAGCUUCCUUCUGUCUCUGGACAUACUAAACCAGUAAAAUCUGUGGCUUGGGAUCCCCAGGGUCAGUUCUUUUUUACAGUAAGUUUGGACCAAACUACUCGUCUUUAUGCUUCUUACGAGCAAGAUAACACAUGGAGAGAGAUGGCUCGACCACAGAUUCAUGGUUAUGAUUUGACAACAGUUCAGUGCUUGCCCUCACGAAUCGGUUUUAUCAGUUGUGCCGAUGAAAAGGUUACGCGUGUUUUCGAAUUCCCAAAAACGAUUGCUAGAUUGUUAAGACGCCUUUGCGGUACUCAAAUAUUUGAAGAAAAGCUUCCAGAAGCCGCCAAUGUUCCUCUCUUAGGCCUAUCUAAUAAAGCAACAACUGCUACUGAAACAGGUACAGUAAAUGCUGACGAAGUUCAAACUCCAUUAAUUGAAGUUAUUGACUCCUUGCAACAUCCGCCCUUUGAAGAACACUUGCAGCGUUUGCUAUUAUUUCCAGAAAUUGAAAAGAUUUAUGGUCACGGGUACGAAGUUUAUGCCUGCGAUGUUUCACAUAAAGGUGAUUACAUUGCAACGUCUUGCAAAUCUCAAUCUCCUGAACACGCCAUAAUUCGCUUAUACGAUACCAAUGUUUGGAAACAGCAGCAGAUGCUUUCUGGUCAUUCACUCACUGUAACAACCAUAAAGUUUUCACACGACGAUAAAUACUUAUUGAGCGCAGGACGUGAUCGACUAGUUUGCAUUCAUCAAUUCUCUGAUGUAGAAUCGAAGUACAUCCCUUAUGUCGUUAUUAAAGCGCACUCCCGUAUUAUUUGGGAUGCUGCUUGGGCACCAAAGGAAAUGGGUUAUUUAUUUGCUACAGCUUCAAGGGACAAAAUGGUUAAACUUUGGCAAGUUUUGGAUGAUAAGAAAAUUAAAGAUGUGGUAGCUUUACAGUUUGCAGAUGCUGUAACUGCAUUGGAUAUUGCACCUUUCUUUCAUGAUGAUCAUCUCUUAAUGGCAGUAGGUACGGAAUCAGGUAAAACGUACGUUUGGAAAUGUCCUAAAGAUGAUCUAACAAAAUGGACUCCUUUACGACUGCCGGAUACGAUGUCUCCUAAGGAAUCAAUAAACAAAAUUGCUUGGAGACCAGUAUAUGACAAAAAAGGAAGCUACUCUUUGUUGUUAGCUGGCGAAGAUACAUCGAUUCGGAUGCUUCGGGUUCAGCUCAACUAAAAUAAAUGUAUAAAAUCAUUGGGUUUUUUUGGACUGCGUCGAAUAAUAUUUGUUAAUACAAAUUUCAAAAGAACAAGCACCGUGUACUUACAAUGCAAAAGUUGUUUUUUGAACAUCUAAUCACUACGAAAACUUCAUGGAGCUAAGACAAUUUUGAUUAAGUUCAUUUCUUUGUUAACGGUCAUGCGAGCUGAUUAUAAUGUCUCAUGGGAGUUUAACUACAAAAUUUAGUACGUAAGUAAUGAUUUACACAACAACUGCAUUGAUUGAAGUAGACUGCUUGUCCUGGUUGGUUUCAUUCGUAUCUCAAAUGAUGUAAACGAAAUUCUUUGAUUUAAAUUAAUGCUGCUAAGAAUCGUUUACAACGUUUCAUCAAUUUAGUAAUUAGCUAAAUUGCUUCUAUAGAUACUUCUUUAUUAGCUAUUAGUGUAUUCUUUCAACACAUAUUUUGGUUCCAUUAUGUAAAUAAGGUACACCAAGUAUGAAAUUACUUCCUCUAACUACUUCACACCAGGAUUAAGUACAAGAACAAAAGAGAACCAAGAAUAGAAGAGUUCCAAUAUUAUUCAUAAAAUAGACAUUCUU